CGUUUGGCGCCGUCAAGGGACGAGGACGUGCUGACAUGUUGGCUUCAAGACGCAGGUAUGCACAUGGGAGCUGUUACCGCUGCGAAGAAGCGAGGGAUCCCUGGCUUUUUUCUUCGGGAGGUGGACGACAUUUUGCUGGGCUGUGGCCCCGAGAAGUGCAGGAAAAUACUUCUCGACCGGUAUAUCGACGUACCUAGACGCUACGGGUUUGUUCCUGGUGAAGCACAGCUAGAAAACAGGAAAGCAACACUCAUGAAGCGGCGUGCAGGUGGCUGGGAAAUUAAAAAUGUUGCGGGGUUGCUAGAGUGGACUUCAGUACACCUGUGCAGAGUUCUUUCUGCGCGGUUCAAGCAGCGCAUCAUGAUUUCGCAGUGUUCGACUCUAUGGACAAAGAUCUCAAGCACGGAAAGUUGGUGCUUGAUCUCGCACGAAGUAACUCUGGAUGACGGGAAAAAGCGGAUUGCUGCGGCAUAUAACGGCCAGAAUGAGGACGGAAUCCUCGGUGUCACGGACGGAACGUAUCGCUUGCAUUUUGGCGGCUGGACUCUUGUGGACUUUGGCACGUACACCACCCAAUACGAGAAGAAGCGCUACUCCAAGACCUUUGUGCCAUGGGCGUACAUGUUCGUACGCACCGAGCAUCACGUAACAUACGCUACGAUGUUUAAGGUGGUAAGGUCGUUUGCAUCUCGCAUUUUCGAGAUUAACCUAGUGUUGUCGUUUGGCAGCCUAGAUCGCAGUCAGUUCAUCGCUAGUGCAUAUCGAGAAGUCUGGCCCUCCAUUCGGCUGUUAAACUGCUAUCCCCAUUUGGCUCGAAAG